CUCCUUUUCCACUGGCUCAAUAAAGUUUUGGUUUUUUUCGCCGGUUCACUUCGUUUUUUCGAGGAAACGGCAUUUUCAUCUCGGUGCUGAAGAUGUGGAAGAACCAGUGCGGACCGAGCAUGAGCAACACGCAUCGUCUCAAAGUGAGAGACAAGAGCAAAAAGAGCGCGUUGUUGUAAGAAAGAAAAAAAAAAAGAUGUAUUUAUGGCGCCUCUCAGUCGCCAUAACACUCGGCUUGGUGUGGUAUUUUUCAGACUGUGGCCGCGCGGUAACACAGUACUGUCUGUGCGUCGUCUUUUGUUUGACUACACCGGUGUUAUUCGGGAACGGUGGGCGAGAGAGCAGCACUCAAACUGAUGAAGAGGCAAACGAAAACACGCCGCAGGAAACAGUCAAAGAAGAGUUGUUUUCAGAUUUGACUGAUGGAGAAAGCAGCGAGCAGCAGGGCGAACAAACAGAGUCCAAGUAUCCAAAUGUUAAGAGGUCUCUACAGCAAGUGUUUGAGUGUGCCUACGCUCAGCUGGUCCUGCCUUGGUACAGCGUUCCUGAGCCGCUGGAGCGCCAGCCUCUGCACCAGGUGCUCAGCAGGGAAGUCGACUUUGUAAUCGACCGGAUCAUUGAGCGAGCCAAAGACUUUGAUGUUUGCCAGGCUGUGGUGGGCUCCAUUCGGAUUCUGACCCAGCACUUGCAUAAUGCCAAGCAGUCUGAUAGACAGCUCUUGUUCAUGUCCAGCUCAGACGAGAUCGCAGUCCUCAGAGAGUUUUCUGACGCUCUGGUACGUAACCUUUUCCCCAAAUCUCUCUGGAGCCAAGAAGUCAACCGCUGUGCCUUAAAUGAGAUCGUUGCAAUAAAGGGGUUGGGUCUGUUGGUGACAUGGCUGUCUGAUCCCGACAACCUGAACCAGCUGGUGGUGAGCCAGCUUGACAGCGUGACUCCCAAAGGCUCUGAUGAGGAGCUGUGUGGAUCAGACCCUGAUCUGACCUCUUCGGCUUCACAGGAGGGUGAAGCAGAGGGCAGUGAAGUGAGCUUGCAGGGAGCUGGGUUGUCAACCAGCAUCGAAAUCAAGGCAGAGAAAAAAGGGAACAAGCUGAAAGAAGGAUGGUCAAAGUUUGUGGACAAGGUGAAGUCCAAGAAAGCAAAGAAGAAGAAGAUGAAGAAGAUGGAGCAACAGCUGGUGAUGAGGAUCAUGGCGAACCAAUGUGAGAUGUCCAACGAGGAUGAUGUCAGCAGCAGGGAGGGCUCCGUCAACAGCCAGCAGGACUCUGACAGGGAGGACAGCGAUCUGGAGACCUACCUGACGAGUGUCCAGGAGGACAUGAUGGAAUUCAAGCUGUCGUACGAGAUGUGGCGCGUGGGCCGCUGGGCUGUCAGCAUCCUUCAUGCGGACUGGGAGGCUGAGGAGCUGAACUUCAAGGUUCAUCUGGAGGAAAAAGACAGCCCUGAGAACCUGCAGUGGGACAUUAAGAAGACCUACAUGGAUGUGAUCUACUUCCGCAACAGAUGGCAGGACUCAACCAGCCUGCCCUCCAUCCUCGUGCUGGAGAAGUUGGUUGUAAACGAUGAGAUCAAAGAAGAAGCCCGAGCGUCAGUGGAGCACUUCCUGCAGGAAUUAGUAUCUGAUAAUCUGAUCGGCCACACUCAGCCAGUUUUUCAGUUCCUGUGCCCUCUUGAAAAACUGCUGAAUGAGGAGGAACAUUAUGGAGGCGUGUGGGGCCUGCUCAGCGGCUUGGCUUACUUCCUUACUCCUGGUCAGGAGGAAGAAGAGAACUCGAGCCCUCAGACAGAAGCUCCAAAAGGAAUCACAUCUCAGUCUGUACAUUCAGCAUCCACAGCUCUGCCUUCAGAAAACCUCUCUGGUGUUUCUGCUGGAAAAAGCCCCGAUCCUCCUGCUGCUACAAUCCCAACUAUUGUUAUCUCCCAGUUUGAUCCUUUUCCAGAGCCACCCCGGGAAGCAGAAACAGAAACGGAGCCACAGUCCACAAAUGAAAACUCUCCCCGAGACAAAUCUGAGGACUCCAAUAACCCUUUAACCUCUCACUUUAAAAUGAUUUUCAAAGGACUGGCCCGUUCCAGGUCACAAGAGUCUUUGGUCUCAACAAAAAGCACAGAAGAUGAUGACCCUCGUGAUUCAGACUCUACUCCGCGCUGCAGCCAGAACGUAGUCCUGCAGGGGGAGAGCUCAGAGGCCUCAUCGCGACAUUAUUUCAGUGCAAAGUCAAACAAAAAGGAGAAAAUUUGUUUCAAGAUGUCUGGUGGAGUUAACAAAGCUAAAGGGAAAGAUCAGGGCACUUUGCCAAGAGAGGAAGACCCGCAGUGUCAGAAGAGCCAACAAACUGGGAGCAGCUGGAGGCGACCAAAGCCAUAUUUGAUCUGAUGAAAGAAAUCUCUGGUUUGUUGCGCAUUCACACUCAAGCAGGGAUUAUUUACAGCAUUCAGAACCUCAGUAUCAUACCAGUGGUUUUGGAUAUCUGUUGUACAUUACUGCCAACGUUUUUAAAGCACACUGCGAGAUUGAUUCAUGAUGCGUAGAACAAAUUCAGCCUGAAGAGGAUUGAAAACUUUCCUCACAAAGCUUAACCUUUACAGUGAAAACUUGUGGCUGCUUUAUUAAUCAUAUCGCAGCGGUAUGUCAAAUCUUUUUCAAUUAUGGACUCUUUUAACAAGUCAUACAAACUGCAGGCUGAUCAGUAAACAUGAAACCUGAAGAUUGACAAUAAUGUGGAGGAAAACACAGUUGUAAAGUACAUUUGUGCACAUUAGAUUGUCACAUGCUCAUACAGGUGUGCAGUGAAAUGUAAACAUUAAGGUUUGUUUAUAUGGCCUUAACAUGUACGUAGGAAAUACCAAGACAAAGGUAAUUGAACAUGUUUGGCUUAGUAAACACAUUCAAGAAGCUUCAUCAGGAAAAAGUAUUACUAAGUUAUUGGGUUUAACCCAGGGGCUCAAUGAAAUUUAUAAAAAGAGGAAUUAAAAAUCCAAACGGCUGGUAAGAAUUUUAAUGGAGGUCAUUUUAAAGCUCCAUUUACCAAUGUUUUUUAACACUUGAUUUAAAUGUCUCUAAUGAUGCCAAAUAGCCGAGUCAAGUCAGAUUUAAGUCAAUUUAUUCAUCCGGAAAACAAAUUUGCCUCGGAGGAGAGAAGAAAGAUUGUUUACAAUUGAUGCAGUAGAAAACAUCCAUUCCCAUUAGAGGGUGUGCAGUGACCCUGACCUCUUCCUUUGCUUUUGCAUUCUGUUGUGUUUUUGAGAUUUUCGCUUGUUAACCUUUGGGCUGAGGGUGUGUUUCCUCCAGCAGAUAACAGCGUGCCGGGUGUGAGGAGGGGAAUUUAUAAAAGCGUGGGGGUCAAUGUGCCACCUUUAUAAGCAUGCGUCGAAGAUGAGACAACUCCACAUGUUGUGGUUACAAACUUCAACAGACAAAUCCUAUUUGUUCUGAAUUUCAAACAGAUCUAACACGUUGCUGGUUAACAUUUAGCAUGAACCUACCAAUGUUCUCACAAGUUGGUGUUUUUCUUUUCUGUUUUUCUUUCAGUCUAUUUUUGGUUGUAUUAAAUAUUUUCUUAUGUUUUUGUGCACCUUAGUGCCUCCUGUUUGUAACCAUGCAGAACAGUUAAUUUGCUCCUCAACGAGAGUGCUAAUCAUCUCGUCUGUCUUAACAGGCAACUCCAUCCUCAUAAACAUAUUUGACGCCAUUUUGAAACCCGUUAUGCCCAUCUUGAAAAAGAAAGUGAACUCUUUCCUGAACAAGAUGAACCCAACAGAGCAGCAGAUGGCCUCGUACAUUGACACUCUGCGUGACAAACAGUGGCCAGACUGUCAGCCAACAACGCCCUCUCCUCCCCGCACCGAGGACGAGAAGAACGAGACCAGAGAAAGAGCCCAUAACCUCUUCAACGCCAGAUAUUCAAACUAUCUCGUCCUGAAGAAAACGGACAUGGAGUCAGUUUUUAAUCUCUUCCAGGAGUGUGAAGAAAACAAAACACUUGUUUUUAUGCUCUUGUCGUUCCUGUUGAGGGAAUUUUUCCCAAACGAGCAUUCCCUAAAUGUGAGCGCUGUGGCCCUACAGAAAAUAACCAACCCAACCAGCUGACCUGUGAAUCCAUGAUCGUGUUUUUAAUGGUACUUUUUACUGACAUUUUAGAAUAUUCAAUUAUUUAUGAAAAAUCUUAAAUCGCCUUAAAAUAUUUGUGACAAUUAUUGUAUCAAUGUCACACAUACAUUUCUGGGAUUUUUACCUUCAGCAUACUGUGAACAUUGUUUUUUUUAAAUUGUAUUUUAGAGUUCAACUGAAUCUGUAAGUGAUGAACCCUGACUCAUCUGUGUGAAAUGAGAAAAAUCUUUUGAGUGCCAGUUUUUGUGUUAUUAUUAAACCCAAAUUUGAAUGUCACCCUUCACAUUUUAGGGUAAACAAAUGUAAAUUCUCUUAAACAUUUGGUGUCACUUUGAGCACUUCUGUAUUGUGAGUGGUUUGUAAAUUGUUUAAUAAUGCCUGAAGUUUUGUAUCAUUGAAUAUCUCACAAUGACUUAUCUUUUUAAACUGAUGGUACAACGUUCAAAAGAAAGUUGAAAUGGUGUUCAUGUAACUAACGUGUUUUUAUUUAUCGGUAUAAAAUAUUUUAAUAAACUUUUCUGUAAAUAA